AUGGCUAUCCGCGAGGACAUCGUUGCCUCUGCAGCGCAAUUCCUGCAAGAUCCAAGCGUUGCCUCGUCGACGGUCGAGAACAAGAUCUCGUUUCUCCGGACCAAGAACCUCACGCAGGAGGAAAUCGACGCCGCGCUCGCCCGGUCCGGCGGACACGCGCCGCCAUCGGGCCCGCCAGCACAGUACGGCGGCCCGCCGUCCGGGCCUCCUCAACCUUACUACCAGCAAUACCCACAAUAUGCGUGGCAGCCGCCGCCACCGGCUCCCAGGAGAGACUGGCGAGACUGGUUCAUAAUGGCAACGGUGGUCAGCGGCGUGGGCUACGGCCUGUACUCGCUGGGCAAGCGCUACGUGUAUCCUCUCGUCGCGCCUCCGACGCCGGAGCGACUAGAGCAGGACAAAAAGUCCAUCGAGGAGCAGUUUGACAAGGCGUUUGCGCUGGUGGAGCAGCUGGCCAAGGACACAGAGGCGCUCAAGACGGCAGAGCAGCAGCGGACGGAGAAGCUGGACACGGCCAUCUCGGAGCUCGACACGGUCAUGGCGGACCUCAAGGCGGCCAACCGGCGGCGCGAGGACGACGCGCAGCGCAUCCGCGACGAGGUGCAGGCCCUCAAGGAGGCCAUCCCCAAGGCCAUGGACAACCAGAAGACGCUGACGGACACGCGGCUGUCGGAGAUCAACACGGAGCUCACGAGCCUGAAGACGCUGGUGUCGCAGAGGAUGUCGUCGAACGCCGCGCCGGCGGCCGCGACAACAGGGAGCAGCUACUCGCGCCCCGGCGGCACCGUGAGCGGAACCCGCGUGCCGCAGCCGACGGUCGAGAGCGUCCCGGAGAGCAGCAGCGCCAGCACGCCGGCUGCGACCGAGCCCCCCAAGAGCCUUGCGCAGAGCAGCUUCAACCGGCCGAGCGGAAGCGGGAAGGCGUCGAUCCCGGCGUGGCAGAUGGCCGCCGCCAACAAGAGCGCGGCGGCGUCGAGCGCCACCAACGGGGAGGCCGCCGGUAGCGAGCAGAAGGAGGCGAGCAGCAGCUCGUAG